AUGAAGAAGGAUAAAAAGCGACAUCGAAAGAAAUCAUAUUCAUUUCGAAGGAAAAAAAUUGGGACGCAAACUUCAAGCAGUGUCUCCAGUGAGGCCACAUGUUACAUGGUUCUAAGCCCUAGUGAACAACAUAAUCGUCAUUGCGACACGGUCUAUUGCGUCUCUGUUCCAUCCAAUUCGAGGUCGUCAUUUGUUAGGAAAAAAGCAACUCGGAGUGAUUUCUUAUCAGCUCUCGAAUUACGUCCUGAAGAGAAGUUGAAGUCGAUUGCAUUUUACAUUGAUAAUCGAGAAGAGAUGGUUCGCCAUAUGUUUGCAUCACUCCAGAGAAAAGAACUUUAUGACUUUCUGCCAGAGAAUUUAAAGGAAUUAGAAGAAGCGGAACUUCGCAAUUUAUGCCUUAAAGAGCUGAGUGGUAUGUCUAAAAAGAAUAUAUAUACUAUUUUGAAAGGGAGGGAUUUACGGAAAGCAGUGAAUCUGAAGGAGAGAAGAACGAGGCACUUAUCAAUGCCGGUAUUAAAGUAUGUUCAUUUUAAAACAUCGAAAACCGAAAUUGCCGUUGCCGAUUCUACAACAGAAAUGACUGCACCAAAUUUACCUUGUAUUUUUCACUCAAUCGGUACAGGUGAUGCCAUUACCUGCAGCAGUGUCGUGAGCACUUCAGAAGCCCAAUGUACUGCAGUUGAAAACAUUUCUUCAACCAGGAUACGUCAAGAAACUGGAACUGCUGUCCAGUUCGACUUCACUAUGGAAGAUAGAAUUUUACUUUCAUCAAAUCAGCAUGCAGAAAUAUUUGCUAGCAAAGAUGUGUCAGAUCUUAAUGAUCAGGCGGUUGCAACCAUAACACCAGAGAAUGAUGAUGACUUGGAAGAUGGCGAGGUUGUGAGUGAUCAAGGAAAGAGUUCAAAUUCAAGCAAGGAUGAUACGUUAAACAAGGACCAGAACUGUAGUCAACAUCUCCCCAUCUAUUGUCACCGUCUUACCGACAGUGCGGAUGAUGAUUUGUCGUCGUCGUUAAUACCUAAAAAUUCAGGAAUUAGAGUGUUUGCUAAGGAAAGUGCCAGUGGUUCGUGUUUAACCGGAUUUUGCAAUCCCUGCAGUUCUGGAAAUUCAACCGAUGCAACUAAUAAAGUACGAGAAGAAAGGAAGUUGCACAUAUUGGAAUUGGAGCUGAGAGCUCGUGCGAUUGAAGCGCUUAUUAGACGGAGUGAUAAUAAACCAUAA